CGAGCCGAAUGAGCCAAGAGUGAGUCAGUCGUCACGUCAGUCAGUCGCCGGACGUCGUUGGGGUUUGGUGGGGUGGCGUGUCGCGCGUCGACGCUCCGCUUUGCUCUCGGAUCAUCGUGCUCGUUAUGCACGGCGCGAUAACCGAACGCGCGAAAUCGAUUCGCCCAUCGUGACAACUCGACGAUGAUUGGGAUACUCUAACUCGAGAAAAACACAUGCCUGAUUUUUGGAAAUUCAACGAUAAACACGACGAUAAACGCGAGGACACGUCGUGUCAAUGCGCCGCCGCUUGGCGCCAGGAAAAACUUCCCGCGUGAAUCCUAUCUCGAGAUCUCAAACCGAUUUAGAGCCAAAUUACUCGCUUAUUCAGAAUGUUGCCGCGUGACGUAUUUACUAUCGCGACGAUGAUGGGUCUCGUCGUUGUUGUCAGCGGUAUACCCACAAAUUUAGAUCCGGAGGAUUACGAGAGGUUUGCUGACGAUGAGGAGCGAUCUAUCGAUAAAGAUUCCUCCAACGUGGAAGAAGUAAGAUGUUACUGCAAUCAACCAGAAUGCGUUCCUCAGGGAUACAUGUGUCGCGGUAGGGGAUGUUUCACAAAAUUACCAUCAAACGCAAACACGCCGUUUUCAAGAGCGGAGCACAACGUUCAUAGCGGUUGCUUUGACGAGAGCUUCAAAAGUCCUCAAUGUCCCGCAGGAUUUCUUUGUUGCGGCCAAGAUCUCUGUAAUCACGUGGACAAUCCUGCGAUGAGAAAUAGACUUAAUAAAACUCUACGAGUAUUAAUUGGCGAUCAGCGAGCAUAUUUAGCUCCACUGCAUCCAAACAGUCAAACAGGAAAUGAGGCAAGUGACAGCUGGUUCCGGACAGCGACGAUCGUCGUGGCAAUCUGUGGAUUCAUCGUCUUGCUGAUGAUCGCGAGCUUAGCUGUCAGAUGGUUGCAACCCAUGCCAGAGCAAAAUGCAAAUAAAUUCGUGCCACAUCAAACAUCCGAUAACGGGCCGCCCUUACUCGGAUCACCGAAAGUGCCUCUGGUUUGAUAAAUUUCGCGAUCUUUGGACAAAGUCUCCCGAUAAAGAUGUUCUAAGUAAUAGCUUAAUUAAUAGAGCUGGCUGCGCUAGUUUUAGUAUAUGACUUACGAAAUAUAUAUGACUCAGAGUGCCAUAUUACACGCAUUCGCAUAACGAACGAUGCCAAACUCGCGUAUCGAUCUUGAAAGCAAUAGAAUAUACAGACUGGAUAAGAUUUUUUACGAGUAACACUUUUAAUAUUAACUUUGUUUCAACUCUGUUGAUUUUUUAUCUCGAGCGUAUGAGAAACAGUAUGCAAAUUUGCAAGAUUUCGCAGAGGUCAGAGUCAUGUAUCGAGUUCAGCUAUAAGGCUGUUUAAAAAGCUAGCGAGCCGUCGAAAGCUCCACUUGGCUGUGAAUUUUACGAAGAAAGCAACCAUUGUAAUUAUAUAUUGUAAUGAUAAUCGUAUUACUUGUUGCAUUUCCUCGAAACGUCGACGCGAUGCGCGCAUUAUCGCGAGAUCAAAGAGUGAGAAUCAAGAUUUUUAGAUCCUUUACGUUAUCCUGACGUUACGACGAUAUGGUGAUGCGUUUCUGUGUCGCUGUAGGAUUGUAAAUAUAGAUAUGUAUCUACAUGUAUUUUUUAUCAUAUUGAAUAUUGUAUUGAUACAUCAAAAACGAUAUUAUUGAGUUAUGAUGACGUAAGCAUAUUCUUCAACGAUCAUCGCGAAUUCCGUUUUCUAAGAAUAUUAGAACGUUAUUUUAAUUUAUGAAUGGUACUCGCCAACAAGAUAAGGACAGAUAUAUUUUGCAGAUAUUUUAUAAAAUUAGUCUGAUAGAAAAUAAAGGACCCUGCACGGAUGAAGUCCCGACAAAUUGAAAUUUUCAUGUCAUGUCGGUUUUGAUUCAUUGAUCAAAAGUCUCAGUGGUCAUCAAGUCAACUAAUCAAAAGUUUUGGAAUUAUGACAGUUCAAAUAUCCAAAAUUGAUCUCCAUUGUCAGGCGGUAGGCGGUAGGCAUUUAAGAUUUAAUGUGUUAUUCCCUUUAAGAAUCUUUAUUUACACUUUUAUUUAUGCAUACACAUCCACCCACAAGUACAAAGGUAGAUAAAUUUUAGAUAUUUGAACCGUCGUAAUUCCAAAACUUUUGACUAUUUAGCCUGAUGUGACCAUUGAGACUUUUGAUCAAUGAAUCAAAAUCUACAUCAUAUCCAAAUUUCAGUCAAUUUGACCGGGAUCUCAUAAAAAUCCAUAAAAAUCGUGCAAAAUCCUUUGUGAUCCAUAAUAAUUUUUCGUCGCCGUAAUAAUUGCGACUCGAGUCACAACUAUUAAAUUUGUGAAAGUGUACUUUAUGUUCUUUAUACAUAUUUUUAAGCGUAUUUCAUAUAUAAAUAUUGUAUUGUGAUAGUAUGACAUAAUAAUAAUAACUAAAUAAAUACAUUUAGGUCUACCUAGAUUUUGUUUUAUAUGCAUUGUGUGAGGAAUGAAAACAAACAAGUAUAUUUUAAGUGUCUUUUCAUAGCGUCUUGUCAGUAUCUGUAUUUAUUUGUUCCUUUUUAUCGAUAACAUACACAUACCAUAUCGGUAUCUGGUAUAUAGGAAGAAUACGUCAUUACUCUGUAAAAUAGAUAUUCCGUUUGGCCAGCUCA